ACGAUGGAGUGGAAACCGGGGGACCUUGAGUGGCCUCAGCGUUGGAACCCCCGACCCUCCACAGCCAGCCCUUUCUAGAUCCUGCGUCCACGGACGCGUCCAGGCAGCGAUGUUGGCGCCGCCCUCGGACGAUUUCGUUUGAUUUGGCGUUCGCGAAUCGCUGAGUCACCCCAUGAGUCCACCUGCCUCGCGGUCGGAAGCGGCGUGCGUUGCCCCGGCGGCGGCGGCGACUCCUCUGUCCCUGCCUCGCGCCGUGUCGCCCUCUUCUCGCCUUUGUCCGCAGGACCGGCGCCGUGAGACGUCGUCCCAUACGCGUAAAGAAAGAUGUCCGAGGUCGGCUUAGCCAAGCGGAAGGAAAAGUGUGAGAAUUGCACCAAACAGUGCAACAAGAAGCAGGGUGAGGAAGGCACCAGUCCCCUCCAGGAAAACGAUGAGCCCAACGGAGAGCUGACUGAAGGAUCUCAGUUGUCUCUGAGUGCCUGCCUGUCCUGCGAGGGUUGUGUGUCGGAAGAAGAGAGCCAGAAAAUCUCCCAACAGAACCUGGAUGAAGUGGAACGGGUUCUGGCUCUCAAUAAGAAGUGUGACGUGUCCAAACACAAGGUGCUGGUAGUCUCGGUGUGUCCCCAGUCCCUGCCUUUCUUUGCGGUCAAGUUUGGCCUGGACAUCAAUGAGGCCACUCACAAACUCUGUGCUUUCCUCAAAAGCCUUGGAGUGCAGUUUGUGUUUGACACCACUCUGGCAGCAGGUUUCAGUAUCCUAGAGAGCCAGAGGGAGUUUGUUCAGAGGUACCGCAAGAGACACCAUGACACGCAUGCCUUGCCCAUGUUCACCUCCUCCUGCCCAGGGUGGAUCCGGUAUUCAGAGCGUGUCCUCGGCAGUCUGGUCACCCCUCACAUCUGCACAGCAAGGUCUCCUCAGCAGAUCAUGGGCUGUCUGAUCAAAGACUACUUCACCAAACAGCAGAAGCUGAGUCCGGAGAAAGUCUAUCAUAUGGUAGUUGCUCCGUGCUUUGAUAAGAAGCUGGAGUCCAUCAGAGAGGAGUUUUACAACAGUCUCCUGGAGAGUCGGGACGUGGACUGUGUCCUCACUUCAGGGGAGAUCUUUUGCAUGAUGGAGAAGAGGAAGGUGUUGGUGGAGGAACUGGACUCGGUUUCAUUAGACCACAUGUUGGGAGAGGCCGGAGAUUUGGGUCUGGCGAGACACGAGGGCCGUGGCUCCGAUGGCUUCCUAGAGUAUAUAUUCAAACAUGCUGCUAAAGAACUCUUUGGUCUGGACGUCCAUGAGAUCACAUACAAAACUCUCAGGAACCGUGACUUCCAGGAAGUGACUCUACAACGGGACGGGGAGACGCUGCUGCACUUUGCUGCUGUUUAUGGUUUCAGGAACAUCCAGACGCUGGUCCACCGCAUGAGGAAGGGACGUGUGCCAUACCAGCUAGUGGAGGUGCUGUCCUGCCCUGGAGGCUGCCUGAGCGGCCGUGGCCAAGCAGAGAGUGACGUCGGAGGUCGAAUGGAUAAGACCCUGGUCCAUCAGAUGGAGGAGGCCUACAGCAGUUUACCCGUCCAUCUCCCAGAGAUCAACCCCAGCCUGCACACCCUCUAUCAGGAGUGGUUAGAGGGUCAAGACUCUGUGCUGGCCAACACACUACUACACACACAGUACAGGCCGCGGAGUCGGACACACGCGCAGCCCCCACACAUACAGUGGUGAGGGGAGCUGUGUUAGGACUGCUGUAGGUGGGAUGUUACCUUCAGUCGCCUCUCGUUCAGUGGAGACUAAUCUACAGGUCACUCCUCAUGGUAGUACCACUAUGCACGUCUAAGCUAAGGGACCACACUGCACUCUGGGCUAAUGGGUGAGAAUUUAAAUGUGACUUGAUUGUUGCCAUUUCUCCAUUUGGCCACAAGGUGGUAAUGUAUCCAACACUUAGGGAUACCAUGGUGAAUUUCCUGUGCGUUAUCAGAGCCUCAAAUGGAAACUUGCAUCCACAGCUCAGGCGGCCAUCCCCCACUUUGUAAACUGAAGCAGUGUUAUCAGUAUUAUAUGAGCCAGUCAAGAAGUAUCCUGCAGACUGUUGACAUGGUGGAGAUAUGUUUAUGGAAAAGUUGCGAAGAAUGUAAAGCUCCCAAGGUCGGCACAAUUCUGGUAAUGAGUUUGUCAAGAGCAUCAAAAUGCAAGUGCACUGAAAGUAGCAACUACACAUGCCAGUCUUUACAGAGCAAUAAGCCACCAACAAGUUGUUUUUGAAACAGAUGCCUACAACAAACCGUUUCGCUCUGAAUGAAUUUUUCGGCAGCCUGUUGUAUUCAAAGUAAAACAGUGUGAUGUGAAGCAUUUGGAAGUGAGCCCGUGGUCAUAAACCAUAGGUCAAAGGUCUAAUUUAAUGUUAGUCUUGCUCUUUAAUACCAUUCCAAUGCAUUUAGUUGAGAUGCGGCUAUCUGGCGUCAUCAUCUUGUCAGUGUGCUUAUGG